AUGUCGACCUCUCUCAACAAAUCAGCACAACCAACAAUUGACAGAGUAAUCGAACUUCUGGAAGAAAUUAAGAAACUUGAUCUAUCACUACCAGAUCGAAACCAGCCGCAAGAUCAGAAACAACAAUAUGAAAUUAAAAAACGGAUCGUCAAGGAUAAAGUUAAGCGAUUCGACAUAUAUGUUGGUACAUUGGAAAUGAUCAACCAAAAAUGGUUGGAUCUCAUACAACAAGCUAUGAAAACAGCAAAGAAAGAGGAAGAACAAAAGUAUGAGGAAAUGUUCAACGAUAAGCAAGGUAUUUUACACAUGAUUAAGGAAACUAUUAUUACCUUAAACUCAUAUUAUGAUGAUUUGGAAUUAGCCCUUCAACAAGAAAAGUUGAUAGUUACUAAAGGAAAAGAGAUAGAGAAACCCUCACCCGCCUAUCAUUCAAUAAUAAAUUUACCACAGUUACCACUACCAACUUUUAGUGGGGAUCCAAAGUUGUGGCGAGAAUUUUGGAAUAGCUUUAAUGCAGCUAUACAUCUUCAGGAAAUUCCAAACAUUCAAAAGCUUACUUAUUUGAUUUCAUGUUUAAAAGGAGAAUCACUGGAGGCUAUAAGAGGGUUUGAUAUAGCUCCAGAGAAUUAUCAAUUAAUAAGACAGGUUUUAAUCGACAAAUAUGGUAAUCCUGCUACUAUAAAGAAAUCGUUAUAUAACGAAUUCCAUUCCAUUCAACGGAACGACAAAGAAUCGAGUCGAAGCGAUGGAAAAAAUCCUUCAACAAUUCUGGACAAAGUCUGUCAGAUGAAAACAGAAAGGGAAACCUGGACGGUAAAUAGAUUACAAUUUCUAAUGACAUUAAUUCAGAGAAACGAAGAGGUAAAUAGAAACCAAAAAACUCAGCAAGAACCAAGUCCAAAAAGAGUAAUUCAUUUUCAAAAGGGGAGAGGAACCUCCGCCUUAUCCAUAACAAAACAAUUCAAAUUAAAUGAUGCAAAACACCUUCAGCCAAGUAAUAAGACGAAGUUUAGCAAGGAAAGAAGGCCUUGCAUAUUUUAUAACAAAAAUCAUUGGGAUAGUGAAUGCUCAAAUUGCCUUACGGCUACACAUCAGUUUGAACGCCUGACGGAGCUCAAGGCAUGCACUAAUUGUUUCCGUACGGUGCAUGCAACAAGUGAUUGCAAACAAAGGAAGCGUACAUGCUUCCACUGCAAAGGCCAACACAAUACGGCGUUGUGCUACAAAAAAUAUGGCUCUCUCAAUAAUGGUUCCAACAAUGAAGAAACAAAUUCAACAAUCAUCAUAAAUUCACUAAAUCAGCCAAUCAACCACCAAGGCAAGAAGGUUUUAUUAAUAUGUAAAGAAAUUGAAGCAGUUAAUCCAACUCAACUGGAAAUUCAGGAAGAAGCUCUAGUAUUAUUUGAUUCAGCAGAUAAACUACAAAUUAUUAAUCCAACGUCUUAUGACAUAAAUUGUAUAAUACGUCAGAAACAGUUAGAUGAAUCGGAAGGAUAUUGGAGACGGCCCGACAUUAUAAUCGGAGCUGAUUAUUUCUUCGAAUUUAUGCAACCGUACAAAUUCCACCGUAUGUCAUCAGGAUUUUAUUUACUUCACACCAACGGAUCGAAGAACAACCAAGAUGAUGAGAAGGCAUUGGAACAAUUUAAAAAUGGUAUUACUAAGAAAAACAGUAGGUAUCAAGUUUGUUGGCCAUGGAAAGAUUCGAAAGUUAACUUACAACAUAAUUAUGGUCUUCGUUAUGGACGUUUAAAGAUGCUAAUCAAACGACUCCAAGCCAACCAACCAUGCUCGAAAUCUAAUAUUAUUGAGAAAGUGACAACAAAUAUGGACCAAGAAGGUAUUAUACAUUAUUUACCUCAUCGUGAAGUAUUAACCCCACGGAAAGCAACUACAAAAUUGCGAAUUGUCUAUGAUGCUUCAGCCCAUAUUAAGGGAGAAAAAAAUCUGAAUAAUGUGUUAUAUCGCGGUCCCACUACAUUACCUGACCUAGCAGCUACACUCAACUAUCAUUUAGAAACUUACGGAAGCAAAACCGCUCUAGAAAUUAAGAAGAACCUCUAUGUCGAUAAUGUUAUAUUAUCUGUAAGUGGAACGGAAGAAGCAUUCAAAAUUAAAGAAAUGAAAGAUAUCUUCAAAAAUGCUUCAAUGGAUAUACGGGAAUUCUUUUCAAAUGACAAUGAUUUCAAUGAGCUUAUUCCUGAAAACGACCGAGUAGAAGUAAGUCAAACAAAAGAAAUUCUUGGUAUCAAUUGGAAUCCAGUCAUUGAUUCUAUUGGAAUAGUUUUAAAGCCAUGGAGUAACCAAACGCCAACAAAGAGGACAAUCUUACAAUUGAUCGCUUCUCAAUAUGACCCUUUGGGGUUCUUAAUUCCAUCGAUGUUACUAUUCAAACUAUUCCUACAAACUCUUUGGAAAAGGAAAGUAUCCUGGGACCAAUUAUUGGAGAAUGACGACAUUGAGACAUGGGAAAUUUUUACAAGUCGUUGGUCAACAAAAGUUGAAGAAAUUCCACGUAUGGUGAUAGAUCCUGAAUGUUUACAACAAUUAGAAAUUCAUGUGUUUACCGAUGCAUCUACUACGGCAUAUGCUGCAGCAGUUUAUGCAAAACAAGGUAUAAACACAUUUUUGAUUUUUGCGAAAUCUCGAGUAGCUCCUGUGAAAGGUAUAACAAUACCUAAACUAGAAUUGUUAGCCAUUUUAAUUGGAGUGCGAGCAACCAAAUUUAUUAUUAAACAAUUAGAAAUUGAAGAUGUAAGAGUAACAUUAUGGUCAGACUCUCGAUGUGCACUCCAAUGGAUAAAAAACCGUUCACGACUUUUACUAAAAUUUAUACAAAAUCGAAUCGAUGGUGGAAAUAGAGGGUAUACUGAAUACCCGACCACUAACAUAUGUAAGCUUCGAUGA